GAAAAACAUAUGAGUGGUAACAAGGCGUCUUAAUAUCAUCCUUCAGUACUAAGAUGGGCUAAUCUGAGGCAGCACUUUACUCUGGUAUCACCCACGGUGCCAGCAGGAUCAAGGAGUUUGCAAGUGGACUUUUUUACUUUUUAUUUACUUUCCAAUUCACAGAACUCAGUCUAACUUCCUUUUUCUCUAUUUUUAUUUUUUUUUUUUUAAUUUAAUAUGAAAUAACUGGACAUACAGAGCUCAGGUGGAUUAUCACAGAGCUUCUGGAAGAACUCCCAGACUUGCAAGGUUGGUUGCCCUGACUAAGAGGAUAUGAAGGAAUAUACUCUCCUUCUCUUCUUGGCUUUGUGCUCUGCCAAAUCUCUCACAGGACCUUCGUAUUUCACACUGAAGAACAUGAUGCUCCAAGACAUGGAAGACGACGACGAUGAUGACGACGACGACAAUUCUCUAUUUCCAACCACUGAACCCAUCAUGCCACUAAUUCCUUUUGAUCUGUUCCCAACAUGCCCCUUUGGAUGCCAGUGCUACGUGAGGGUUGUCCACUGCUCUGACCUAGGUCUGACAUCAAUUCCUCGCAACAUCCCCCCAGACACUCGGAUGAUCGACCUCCAGAACAACAGAAUUAAAGAGGUCAAGGAGAACGACCUGCGAGGGCUCACAUCGCUCUAUGCACUGGCUUUGAACAAUAACAAAAUCUACAAGAUCCAUCCCAAAGCCUUUGAACACACAAAGAGGCUCCGACGACUGUACCUGUCCCACAACCAGCUGACUGAGAUCCCAACAAAUCUGCCCAGAACUUUGGCAGAGCUCAGAAUUCACGCUAACAAGGUCAAGAAAAUCCCCAAGGAUGUAUUUAAAGGAAUGAAGUCUCUGCAUGUUUUAGAAAUGAGUGCAAAUCCUCUAAACAAUAAUGGAAUAGAGCCAGGGGCUUUCGAAGGAGUAAAUAUUUACCACAUAAGAAUUGCAGAAGCCAAGUUAACUUCAAUUCCUAAAGAUUUGCCCUCCAGUCUCCUGGAGCUUCAUUUAGACGACAAUAAGAUCACAGGAAUUGAAGUUGAGGAUUUCAACCGUUACAAAGAUCUUCAAAGGCUGGGCCUUGGGAAUAAUAAAAUCAAAGAUGUGGAAAAUGGAAGUUUCGCCAACAUACCAAGUAUCCGUGAAAUCCACCUGGAAAAAAAUAAGCUGAAGAAGGUUCCUCCUGGAUUACCUGAACUGAGAUACCUGCAGGUGGUGUUCCUGCACUCCAACCACAUCGCCAAGCUGGGGGUGAACGAUUUCUGCCCGACGGGCCGGAGGAAGAAGAAGGCUCUGUACAGCGGCAUCAGCCUCUUCAACAACCCCGUCAAGUACUGGGAGGUCCAGCCCUCCACCUUCCGCUGCAUCCUAGCCAGGAACAGCGUCCAGCUGGGCAACUUCCUCAAGUGAUGCCCCAGCUGGGCACUCCCAACAGCAACCUGGCCAAAGCAGUUCUCCAAUACUUGAAAUUUGCCACAAAAAAAUUUUACACUAUUUAACCGUUUACAAAGUAUUUGCUACGUCAGAGGUAAUUAAUUAGAAACAGUAUGUUAAGUAGGAUCCAUUGUACGAUUUGACAAUGUUCAACCUACGUUUGGAUAAUUUAAACAGAACUCUUUGUAUCUUACAGAAGAACUCUUGGAAGUGGAACUGGAAACUGUAUUCGACGUUUCCUAGUGUAGAUGUUAAAUUCUUUCCUUAAACCACAUAGUCUUGACAUAUUCUUUCCUUCAAAUAAAUUCCAAAAAUCACGUGGAAGUGACUUUUUCCACGGUAAGGACCUUUUCCUCUCCCAAAAUACUGUAAGAAAAAUUGAAAAAAAAAAAAAAAAAUCAGACUUCAAGGACAACCUCUUGUGCCAUUUUUGAUAAUGAGCAAAGAUGCAAUAAAAAGAUAUGGUAUUGUCAGGUGGCUGUCUCUAAGGUAGAAUAUAUUUUUAUAAUCUAUUAAGUGAGAUAAAGGCAGGUUUCACACGAUGAACAGACAAAAAGCCUCGAAAAGUUUUUGAUAAUUUUCUCUUGCAACUUUAGGAGGAAAAUGUCCUUCCAUGUUUUACUCUCCAUAGAAUUUGACGCAGCCUGAACAUUAAAAAGUAGGAUUCGAGAUUUAUCAUACGCUUCAAGCUUAAUAGGAAUGACUAUUAAACUCCCUUUAGGCCAGCA